AUGGCACAUAUACAUGUAGAAAAACUUCUCGAUAGCACCCUCCUGCCCAUGGCAUACCCGGUCGAUGGCGCUAACCCUCUCCAGGGAAACAAUGUCCCCAUUGACGCCCUUGGAGAUGACAGCCAAACUUGGGUUGGUGUCUCUCUCUCUCAAAGCAUGAUGUUGGAAAAAGGUGCAAGCAGAACUUAUGAAGAGGCAUUCGAAGCCUCCAAUGGCACGAUUCAACUAGCAGGAACUGUUUGGAGUGCAAGUGCCCACAUAAUAACUGCUGUUAUUGGUUCUGGAGUGCCGUCUCUGGCUUGGGCUAUUGCUCAGCUUGGUUGGAUUGCUGGUCCUGCUACAAUGAUUCUGUUCUCUGUGGUAUGCAUGCUACCCAACUCAAUUAUGGUAGCAGCUUUUGGAGAUGAAAGCCCUGGGAACCUGCUCACUGGUUUUGGCUUCUAUAACCCAUAUUGGCUCCUUGACAUAGCCAAUGUUGCCAUUGUUGUCCACCUUCUUGGUUCAUACCAAGGUUGCUGCCAACCCUUGUUCAAAUUUAUUGAAAACAACGCAGCACGAAAAUUCCCAGAGAGUGAUUUUAUGACGAAGGAAUUUGAAGUACCAAUCCCUGGUUGCAAACCCUUGAAGCUCAACCUCUUCAGGUUGGUUUGGAGGACAAGUUUUGUGAUCUGCUGUACUGUGAUAGCAAUGGUGCUACCAUUCUUCAAUGACAUUGUGGGGCUUAUUGGUGCCAUUGCAUAUUGGCCACUCACCGUGUAUUUUCCAGUGGAGAUGUAUAUUGUGCAAACUAAAUUACCAAAAUGGAGCAGAAAAUGGAUAUGCCUGCAUAUGCUUAGUGCUGCGUGCUUCGUCUUGACAAUGGUAGCUACAGUAGGUUCCAUUGCUGGAGUUGUUGAUGAUCUUAAAGUUUACGAGUCAUUCAUGACCAAUUACUAG